AGCAUUUUUCCCCCACCCUCCUAGAGUCAGACACAUCCUACUGUUUCUCAGCCAGUUUGAGCUAGUUUCCAGUGCAUAAGCUUUUAUUGAAACUGCAUCCAUGAAGCAAUUCAUCUUUCUCUAGCCUUCCAGGAAGAAAGAAGCACAAAGGAUUUCUACACCCAAAUAGAUAGUUUCCUUUUUUUUUUUUUUUAACAGAAGAAAUUUGAAAUACAAUCUGGUUAUCAGAAUGGCAGAAAAACUAAACCUUCCAGAAAACACAGAUGAGUGGACAAAAGAGGAUGUGAGCCAGUGGCUAGAAAGCCAUAAGAUUGACCAAAAGCACUGGAAAAUCUUGUUUGACCAAGAUGUAAGUGGAGCAAACUUGAAGUUGUUAAAUAAAAGCCAUCUUGUUGAUAUGGGCAUAACACAUGGACCAGCUAUCCAGAUAGAAAACUUAGUCAGAGAAUUACAGACCACAUCAUCUGGUGAUUCUAUUCAGACAUCAAAGAAGCGGAGAGGCAAGAAAAAUGUUCCUAAAAUGCAAACAGAAACUAGAGUGACUUCAGAGGAAAACCACAGGGAUAAGGGACACUCAGAUUCAGCUGAUGUCUCUACAGCAAGUCUAGGGACAAAAGGUUCCAAGUCACUAGACAAGACAGAGGUACAGGAAAAGCAGCUAUCCCCAGAACCAUCAUGCUUCUCAUAUCCUUUUGAUGAAUUCCAUGAUUCAUUUCGUUAUAAAUUACAUUUCAUUCUACAGCCUGAAACAGGCCCACUCAAUCUCAUUGAUCCAGUACAUGAAUUCAAACUCCUCACAAAUACAGAAACAGCCACAGAAGAGGAUAUUAUGAUGAAAUUUAGCAAUGAAACAUUCAAAUUUGCUUCAGCUUGUAUGAAUUCACGUACUAAUGGUACCAUUCAUUUUGGAGUCCAAGACAAGCCUCAUGGAAAAAUUGUUGGCAUUAAAGUCACCACCGAAACCAAACACUCCUUAAUUAACCACUUCCAUAAGAUGAUACCUCAGUAUUUUGAGCCUCAUCAGGUCCAACAAGCAAAGAAGUGCAUUCGGGAGCCAAGAUUUGUAGAAGUUUUACUACCAAAUAGCAGUGUAUCUGACAAAUUUGUUAUUGAAGUAGAUGUUGUUCCACAGUACUCUGACUGUGGGCAUAACUAUUUCCAGAUCAAGCUGCAAAACCUUAAAAACAAAGCAUGGCAACAAAGUUCAAACUACUCAAUUUUUGUGCGAGAUGGGCCCAACACUAAUAACAUCAUAAAUGAAAAUGCUAAAUUGAAAGCUUUUAAAAUGGAUUUAAAAACAUUGGCAGAAUCUAGGGAAGAAGCAGAAGAAAAACACAAAAAAAACUCAACUAUAAACAAGAGAGAAGGACUAAGGCUUGUUAAACUGUUGACAGGAAAUCAAGACUUGUUAGAUAAUUCAUAUUAUGACUGGUACCUACUUGUAACAAAUAAAUGUCAUCCAAGUCAAACCAAACACCUGGAUUUCCUCAAGGAGAUUAAGUGGUUUGCUGUGUUAGAGUUUGAUCCUGAAUCUGAGAGAAAUGGAGUGGUCAAAGCUUUCAAGAGAAGCCGAGUAGCAAACCUCCACUUUCCAAGCCUAUUUAUAGAAGGAAAAUCCACGACACAUGAGAAGAUUUGUACUCUGAAUCUCUACCAGCAACCCAGCUGGAUUUUCUGUAAUGGCAGGUUAGACCUCGACAGUGAAAAAUACAAACCUUUAGAUCCAGUUUCCUGGCAAAGAGAAAGAGCUUCUGAAGUCAGGAAACUGAUUUCAUUUCUUACCCAUGAAGAUAUAAUGCCAAGGGGUAGGUUUUUGGUGGUAUUUUUAUUACUCUGCUCUGUGAGUGAUGCAAGAGACCCCCUUAUUGAGACUUUCUGUGCUUUCUACCAAGAGCUCAAAGGAAUGGAAAAUAUACUGUGUAUUUGUGUAAAUUCAGAUAUCUGUAAGGACUGGAAAGACCUGCUUGAAGCAAGAUUAUCAAGUCAACAAGAUGAAUUAUCAAACCAAUGCAUUUCUACUUUAAACCUGGAAGAGAUUAAUGGCACUAUUCUUAAGUUAAAAUCUUUAACUCAGUCCUUAACGAGAUUUUUGCCAUCUAUUGGUGCAUCUACAGUCCUUCUGAAAAAGGAAGAAGAAAUCAUGACUGCUUUGGAGAUUCUCUGUGAAAAUGAAUGUGAAGGUACACUCUUAGAGAAAGACAAAAAUAAAUUUCGUGAAUUCAAGACAUCAAAAGAAGAAGACUUCUACCGAGGUGGCAAAGUGUCGUGGUGGAACUUCUACUUUUCCUCUGAAAACUACUCUUCCCCUUUUGUCAAAAGGGAUAAAUAUGAAAGAUUAGAAGCACUGAUCCAAAACUGGGCAGAUACUUCUAAGCCAACAUGUGUCAAAAUCAUUCAUCUGUAUCAUCAUCCAGGCUGUGGGGGGACAACCUUGGCUAUGCAUAUCCUCUGGGAACUAAGGAAGAAAUUCAGGUGUGCUGUGCUAAAAAAUAAGAAUGAGGAUUUUUCAGAAAUUGGAGAGCAAGUGACCACUUUAAUCACGUAUGGAGCAACAAGCCAUCAGGAAUACUUACCUGUUCUGCUUCUUGUUGAUGAUUUUGAAGAGCAAGAGAAUGUCUACCUUCUGCAGGCCUCCAUUCAAACAGCAGUAGCCAAAAAAUACAUUCGUUAUGAGAAACCCUUAGUGAUCAUCCUAAACUGCACAAGAUCACAAAAUCCCGAAAAGAGUGCAAAGAUAACAGACAGUGUUGCUUUAAUACAGCAACUGACCCCCAAAGAACAGAGAGCUUUUGAGCAAAAAUUGACAGAAAUCAAAGAACAGCAUAAAAACUUUGAAGAUUUUUAUUCCUUCAUGAUCAUGAAAACUAACUUUAAUAAAGAGUACAUAGAAAAUGUGGUGAGGAACAUUCUUAAAGGACAGAAUAUCACCACCAAGGAAGCAAAGCUCUUUUCUUAUCUGGCUCUUCUGAAUUCCUAUGUGCCAGACACCACCAUUUCUCUCUCCCAGUGUGAGAAGUUCCUCGGCAUCGCAAACAAGAAGGCUUUCUGGGGAACAGAAAAACUUGAAGACAAGAUGGGAACCUUCUCUACAAUUCUCAUAAAAACACAGGUGGUAGAAUGUGGGAGCUACUGUGGAGUGCGAAUCAUUCACCCUUUGAUUGCAGUUCUUUCUCUGAAAGAAUUAAAGAAAAGCUAUGACUUGAAUACAAGGCAAAUUAUGCUGAAUAUGCUAACAGAAAAUUUGUUCUAUGAUGCUGGUAUAGGCAAGAGCAAAUUUCUCCAAGAUAUGCAAACAUUGCUGCUCAUAAGACAGCGUAAUGAGCACGAAGGUGAGACAGGAAACUGGUUUUCCCCAUUCAUUGAAGCACUGCAUAAGGAUGAAGGAAAUGAAGCCGUUAAAGAUGUAUUACUUGAAGCUACCCAACGCUUCCACCCAAACGCAUUCAUUUGUCAAGCUUUGGCAAGACAUUUCUACCUUAUAGAGAAGGACUUUAAAAAUGCUUUAAAUUGGGCAGAACAAGCAAAGAAUAUAGAACCUCAUAAUUCUUAUAUCUCAGAUACACUGGGUCAAGUCUACAAAAGUAAAAUAAGAUGGUGGAUAGAUGAUAAUGGAAGAAACAGGAGUAUUUCAGUUGAUGACCUAAUAGAGCUUUUGGAUUUAGCAGUACAUGCCUCCAGUGCGUUCAAAGAAUCUCAGAGGCAGACUGAAGACAGAGAAUACGAAGGGAAGGAAAGGUCUUAUCAGAUGUCAAAAAGGAAGUAUGAUACUUACAACAUAGCUGGUUACCUAGGGGAGAUUGAAGUUGGGCUCUACACCAUCAAGAUUCUCCAGCUCAUUCCUUUUUUUGACCCACAAAAUGAACCAUCUAAGAGAGAUAUGAUUAAUUUUAUAUCAGGAAACUGUGCUCUUCCAGGGGAUUCAAAUGAAUUUAAAUCAGCCCUCAAGAAUUUUAUUUCUUACCUAACUACUUUGAAAUCUUCUUUGAAAAAAUCCUUUGAUUUUUUUGAUGAUUACUUUGUCCUUCUAAAACCCAGGAAUAACAUAAAGCAAAAUGAAGAGGCCAAAACUCGAAGAAAGGUGGCUGGGUAUUUUAAUAAGUAUAUGGAUAUAUUUGGUCCCUCAGCAGAUUCACAAAACCAAGAUCAUGGAUCCAAGCUCAGCUUACCACUUCAAGUAGAGAGUUGUCGGAGAAACUUAGAAGCUUUAAAAGCAGACAAGUUUUCAGGACUCUUGGAAUAUCUUAUCAAAAGUCAGGAAGAUGCUUUAUACCAUAUGGAGUAUAUAGUGGACAGGUACACCUUCCUCUUUGAACAAUGUACCACCAAAAUGCAGCCAAGGGAAAAGCAAAAUUUCAUCCUGGCCAACAUCAUCCUCUCUUGUAUAAAACCUACUUCCAAAUUAGUGAAGCCAGUUAAAAAACUGAAAGAUCAGCUUCGAGAAGUCUUGCAACAAAUAGGAAUGACUCAUAGAUUUUCAGAGCCUUAUUUUCUAGCUUCUCUCUUAUUCUGGCCAGAAAACCAGCAACUAGAUCAAGAUUCUAAACAAAUGGAAAAAUAUGCUCAAGCACUGGAAAAUUCUUUCCGGGGGCAAUAUAAGCGCAUGCAUCGCACAAAGCAACCAAUUGCUUAUUUCUUUCUUGGAAAGGGUCACAAUAUGAGCAGACUUGUCCACAAAGGAAAAAUUGAUCAAUGCUUUAAAAAGACAUCUGAUAUUAAUUCCUUGUGGCAUAGUGGAGAUGUGUGGAAAGAGAAAAAAGUCCAGGAACUUUUGCUACGUUUACAGGGUCGAGCUGAAAAUAAUUCCUUAUAUAUAGAAUAUGGAAUCAAUGAAAAAAUCACAAUACCUAUCACUCCUACUUUCUUGGGUCAACUUAGAAGUGGAAGAAGCAUAGAAAAGGUGUCCUUUUAUCUGGGGUUUUCCAUUGGAGGCCCACUUGCUUAUGACAUUGAAAUUGUCUGAAAGCUUAUCUUUUUUCUCCUGAAUGUGGUCCCUGUAUCAUUGAAUAUGUUUUCAUUGGAUCCAAGACACACAUACUUUUGACCAGUAAAUACAAUUGAGAUGUUUCUAUUAA